AUGGGCUCCUCAACCUGGGAAAACAUCCGAGGACUCGUCAUCUUCUUCGGACCCAUUCUCCUCCCCAAAGCCAUCUCCUACUACCGCCAAGUCCGAAACGCCCCCCGCGCACAAGGCAUAUCCAUCCAACCCCUCCCACCUUCCGUCUCCCGCGCCCUCACCGUCCUCUUCGGUGUCGCGCUCCUCCUCCUAGCUCUCACCCUCCCCGUCUUCUCCCCCGAAAAUGUCUUCACAGCAACGCAAUCCCGCCUCCAAAUCCCCCCAGACGUCCUCUUCAACAGGCUCUCCACCCUCCGCCCCAACGAGACCCUAACCCCGUCCGACGAGGCCCUCCGCGCCCGCUUCGUAAACAUGGAAUCCCGCCUGCUCUACCUCAAGUACGGGCCCGAUGUCCUGACCGGCUGCACGUUCUGCACCUCCGAAGACCCCAAGGUCUACUACUUCUACGCCCUCCCCUCCCUCCUCGCCCCUCACCUCUUCAACCUCUUCGCCAUUGCCCUCGUCACAUCCCGCCCCCUCUCCCAAACUUACGGAGGGAAAUGGCGACGCCCCGCCACCAUGGCCGCUAUCGCCCUCGCGGCCCUUGACCUCUACCUCGUCAACUCGUACAACUACCAACUGAACGCGCGCGCCCUGCGCGUCGGAGAAAUCGACUUCUUCUACUGGCGCGCAAGGGUCUACCGCCUCCUCGUCCUCGCAGCCCUCGAUGGCCUCCUCGGCUGGCUCAUGUACCUAUCCUCCACGCACCGCGCCUUCGUCGACGCCCCUAGCCCCGCCGUGCGCGCCGAGGCUGUCGUCCUCUCUUUGAGUAAGCUCAAGGCGAAACUUAAUGCGUUGGGGACCGUUAUGAAUACCGUCAGUCGCGAUGACGAGCUGCGGCGCCAGAAUGCGGCGUAUUGGGUCCAGGAGGGGAAUCUAAUGCGGACGGUUAUGGAGGAGAGGGAGGUUAUUGAGAGCGUGAAUAAUGCGCUGGAGAACGGGAGGCUUAACGUUUCUGCUAUUUCGAAGGAUGCGGAGAGUUAUGCUGAGCAUAUCACGGCGAAUCUGAAGGCGGCGGAGGAGAAAAAGAAUAAGUAG